GUCCCUUCCUCCAGGAAGUCUUCUCUGCUUUCUCCCUGUGCAUGUGUGUGUGCGCACGUGUGUGUGUAUGUGUGUGUGUCGUAGGGGGUGCCCAUCAUGCAGCCCCUUCGUGCAUGAUCUGAUCCCACCCCCAGAGUCUGGGCUGCCAUCUCGUGCUUCUGGGGCCUUCUUGAAUGGGGCUGCCGACAGGAUGCUCUAAGCUUGGCCACCCUCCUUGGACCUCACCCCCAUCCCCACACACCACAUAGAGGAAGUUCAGGCUGCUCUCCUGUCAGCUGCUCCAUCCCUUUUCAGUUCCUUUUUCUCCCACUCAGGGCAGCAGGUGCAUUGUCUGCCUCAGAAGAUACUUGGAGGACGAGAAGCCACCUCCUCUUCCUGCGGACACCCCUCUCUCUGGAAGUUAUCUUCUUGGGGUGCCUCACUUGGCUGAAGUGGUGGUGAGGGCAGUGAGGGGAUGGAGGCCAUAGCAAUCUCCCCAAGGCUGGCAACUCCCCCUGGCAGCUGAGUGUACGGUGCACAGGAGAUGGGAAGGCUGGGGACACAGCCAGACUUCACUGCUUUUUAUCAGCCCUGAGAACAAAUCUGGCCCCAAAGGUCAGUCCCUAAGAUUGAGGACCUACUCUGUGCCCAGCAUGGUGCUGAAUACAGCAAUCAUCAUGGCCAAGUUUCUCAGGGGAAACAGAUGAAAAACAAACAAGUAAAUGUGUCAAGGCUAGUAGCCAUUGGGAAGCCAAUAGAAUCGAGUAAGGGGAUAGAGAGAGACUGGGGGAGAUGCCAGGGUAGUGUGUUUAACAUUCAUCUUCACCCCACUUGGAGCCCAGUGGACGAUUCUGGGCAAUAGAAGAAGCGCCGGCCAGCACCGUGCCAGCCUGGGGAACUCGGGGGCAGGGGCUGGGUGUCCAAGCCUCUGCUCUCUGUUUUAUUUGGCUGUCUAUGUCCAGUCUCACUUCUGCAGCCCUUCCCCGGGCCACGUGCCAUCCAAUCCGUAGUCUCCGAGGCCGCCCCUGGGCCUGGGCUGCUCAGCGAGCAGGGGGCUCGCCUCACCAGAAGAGCUCUCUGGCUCACAGCUGGGUGGAGCCCAGCCCCUUCCCACUCUGGCCUUUUGGGGCAUCAGAGAUAGUCAGCACCCAGGCCAAAGGCAGCAGGUGCCUGUGUGGCUGGAGACCUCAGGCCUGAGGGUUUGGGGUUUGGAAGGAGGCCUGAGCCACGGGGACAACUUCCCUUGCUGUGGCGCAAACCACUGCCCCAGGCCUGGGGUAGGGGGUGGGGGUAGCCAGGAGGCACUGACCCGCCCCAGACUGUCAGGAGACCAGGCAUCGGCCCCCAGGCUCGUGCAGAGUCCCAUCCAGGGUUGGUGACCAACACAGAGCAGGGACACUGUCAGCCUCUUUGUCAUGACUGCCACAGCUGUGCAGGCCCUGGGCUCCCUCCUGCCCGCCCUUCUGCUGGGACUUGCAGGUGGGUGCUGGGUGCUGCCCACAGAGGCCUUCAGAGCAGGAAGGAAGGCCCUCACGGCCGUCCAAACCCAGCCACCUUGGGGCACAGGACUGACUGGAGCCCUGAAGACCUAGUUGAGCCCUUUGCCUGCCUGCCAGGGUGCUAUUUGGGGUCUUUCCUCAAUGUGGGUCUUGGGGAAACAGAGGUGACGAGAGCUGGAGGGUCAGAAAGACAACGUGACAGGAGGCUGAGGGACCAGGAGGAGGUUGGUGGGGAGGGAGAGGAGCCUGCCUUCCACCCAGUUUCCCUGAUGUCAGCUCCAGGCUGGGUGGCUACCAGAUGGAGGUCAGAGAGGGCACAAGGAGGGGAGAGUGGAGGGACAGAGGACCCCCUGAGUGACACAGCCCCUGGCAUUGCUGGAGGAGUGCUGGCCCCACUGCCAGACAGACCUGCUUAACAUCCCCCCUUAGCCGCUGACAGACCGUGUGAUCUUGUGUAAGUCACUCAGCUUCUCUGAGUCUCUGAUUCUUCUUCUGGAAAGUGGGGACGAUGAUACCAUGUCAUAAUACAGUUGGGAUGUGGAUGAAAAUGAGUACACACACCUAAACGUGUGUAAGAACCACAGGUGCUGUAUGUGGGUGGGGUGGUGAUUGUCUGCUCAGAGAGCAUGAUGCAGAAGGUGCCAGAGCUGUGUCCUGAGAGGACAUGCUCCAUGGCCUCCUCAGCUGCCCUCCAUCACCCAUCACCCUGUGAUGCCAAUGCUGGCUUAUCUGUCCUCUCCACGCACCCUCAUGCCUGAUCAGAUGCUACCUCCAGGGCAGGGGUCCCCUCUGACACAGCUCUGUGUCCCCUGCACCCAACUCACACACUGGCUCAGAAAAGGUCCCUGUUGUCAGAUCCCUGCAGACUGUCCUGAGUGGGAGGGAGUAGCCUAGCCCUGCAGAUGUCCCAGGAUGACUCCAGGAAACAGAUCCUAGGCUAGAAGCAGAAGUGCUUUGUCUCAGUCCCAGCUUUCUGAGGACAGGUGAAGCUGACUUGAUGGAGAGAGCGCCCCAUCAUUGGAGGUGAGCAAGCAGAGGAUGGAUGCCCAGUGGGGUGUUGAUGGGAAGGGCCCCAUGAGGAGGGUCCACCAUCCCUGCCUGCAGCGUUUCUUGAGUUCACACUUCUGUCCAAAAUGGAAAUGUCUCACCACACCUCUCUCCUCCCAACGUGCUCCAGUUUUCUCCAUCUCAAAAACUAGGUCCACAAUCUAUCCAGGUGCUCAGGAGAAACCCCUGGAAAUUAUUUAUCCAUAAUUCAUUCUCCUCACCCCCAUCAGUCCAUCACCAAGACCUGGACUGGUUUGGCUUGUUUUCUACAUGUAUCUCAGUCUCUCUGUUUCUCACCACCUGAUCAUGGCUCCAUGACCUCAUGUCUGAAGGUCUGCGCCACCUCCUCACUGGUCUCCCUGCUACCAUCCUACCACCCUCCGUUCCAUUCUCCACACAGCAACCCCACUGUCUUCUAAAGCGUGUUGACGAGACCACUUGCCUCUGUUUAAAACCUCCGAUGGUGUCUCAUCACACUUAGAAUAGGAUCAAGAGUGUCACCACGUCCCACAAGACUCUUCCCAGUCUGGACUUCUUUGCCCACAUGCUGGAGUUCUACAGACCUCUCAGUUUCUCAAGUCUAUCUAGGUAUUCUCACCUGCUGUUCCCACUUUUCAGAAUGUUCUUCCCCUGUCUCUCCCCAUGACCCACUCCUAUCCUUCCUCAGUUUCAGCUCAAAAUGUCAGCUCCUCCAGGGAUCCUUCUCUUACCACUUGCUAGAAUAGGUCCUCCAGUAGUUUCUGUCUCGGCACCCUGCACUGAUGGGCCCAUCUUGAAGGACAACCCCUGGAAAUUCAGUGCCUUUCAACUGCACCGCUGGCCCCUUCAGCUCCUGGAACUUCAGUGUCACCUGGAUGAAGGACAGAGAUGAGCAUCCAGCCUCAGCUCAGCGCCUGGUGCCUGACAACAGAAGCAAUUGCUCCAGCACCAGUAAGCUGUUCCCACCCUGAAGAUUACCACUGAGCCCUCUGGGAUUCAUCUCGAUGCGCAUCGGAGAGAGAACCUCACUUUCCAGAAUUGGCCUUCAUCUGCCAGCCGUAGGAAUCCUCGGGGGGAAUGGUCCCAUUUGCCUUUCAAUUUCUCCGUGUCCUUCUUUUGUGGUCCAGCAGAACUAAGAAAAACAUUCACUCCGGGGAAUAUACAGAUCUGGGUGAAAAACUCCAAACUGGUCCUUUCUGAUCGGAAGAGGUGGGCUUUGCUACUGUCCACAGAGCAGAUCCUGGUUCUCUCAGCCCGGGUCUGGACACAGCAGCCUCCUCGGGUGUCCACAAUGCCCAUCCCUGCCUCCUGGCCCCACCCUCCUCCUUGCCUGCUGCUGACUCUACUGCUGGGACUCACAGGAGCAGCAGGUGGAGAGGAGCUGAGGGUGUUUCAGCCUGACAGGUCAGUGUCGGUUGCAGCCGGACAGACGGCCACUCUGAACUGCACCCUGACCUCCAUGCUCCCCGUGGGGCCCAUCGAGUGGUUCAGGGGGACUGGACCAGGCCGCCAAUUAAUCUAUAGUUUCAUGGGAGGAGGAGGCUACUUCCCCCGAGUAACAAAUGCCACAGAUGCUACAAAGAGGGACAACACGGACUUCUCCAUCCACAUCAGUAACAUCACCCCUGAGGACACCGGCGUCUACUACUGUGUGAAGUUCCAGAAAGGGACGCCUAAUGUGGAAAUUAAGUCAGGCCCAGGCACUCGGGUCACUGUGAGCGGCCCAGAGCCACCUCCUCGGCUCCUGGUGGCUCUCCUCCUCGGCCACAAGGUGCUGCUGGCGAUCGGGGUCUUUGCCAUCUACGUGCACAAAAUGAGGAGGGCCUGACUCGCCUUCCUUCCCCACCUGCUGCCUGCUGCCCUCCAUGCCUCCUGCCCCCUUCCUGCCCUGAGGGGCCCAGCCAAAGACAAGGAACAGACAGAGGCCUCCACAGAUUCUCCUCCCAGUGCCACCCACCUGGAAGCCCUGCCUGCCCGCAGCUCCUGCUCCUUCUCAGAGACCCCAGUGUUCCCAGGGCUGGGGCCCCAUUCCUGCUCCUCUCAGAAACACACACACACAGAAUCCGAAGUUACCAGCUCCUCAUUACCCCACCCUCAGGACUUCAGUGUGAUGGGCAGGGACAGUGAGGACAAGGAAGGGGCAGUGCUGCUGCGCAUUCAGGCCCUUCACCCGUUGUCAUGGGCAUGGGAUCUGGGGGAGGGGAAAGCUAUGCUGUGCCCACAGCGGUAGCAUUGGGUACAGCAAGCUCGCCUCGAAAUUGUGGCUUUGAUUCAAUAAUAAAUAUGACUUUUUCCCAUC